AUGCAACCCAUCAAUCUCCAAAAAGGCUCCCUGCACCCCUCCCUCCUCCCCGCCACCCAGCUCCGAUCAGCCGCCGCAACCGUCCUCUCCAACCCAAGCCUCUACAUCCCCGCGCUCAACUACGGCGACGAAGCAGGCUACCGCCCUCUCCGAGCAAACAUCGCCCAAUGGCUGACGGAGUUCUACGCGCCCGCGCGACCCAUCCCCACCGAGCGGAUCUGCAUCACGGGCGGCGCCUCCCAGAACCUCGCGUGCAUCCUGCAGGUCUUCACGGACCCGCGCCAUACGGUGGCGGUGUGGCUCCCCGAGCCCACGUAUCAUUUGGUGUUUACCAUGUUCCGGGACGCAGGGCUGGGGGAUCGGCUGCGGGCUGUGCCAGAGGAUGGGGAGGGGAUGCAGGUUGAGGAGCUUGAGCGGGGGAUUGCAGAUGCCCCGGGUUGUCAUUCUUCACCUGGGUGUGCGGCGUGCGGGGACGGUGGAAUGGCCAGAGGCGCAGGCACAGACCAGACCAGCCCGGGCAAGAAAUACAAGCAUCUGAUCUACUGCGUGCCAACCUACGCGAAUCCCUCCGGCGCAACCAUGUCCGUCCCCCGCCGCGAGGCCCUCGUGCGCUUGGCGCGACGACACGACGCGCUGGUCGUGUGCGACGACGUCUAUGAUUUCCUGUCUGUCACGCCUGCAGGUCAGUCGCCUGCUCCGCGGCUUGUGGACAUUGAUCGCACACUGGAUGGUGGGGUCGGGCAUGAUGGGCUCGGCAAUGUGGUGAGCAACGGUUCAUUCAGCAAGAUCCUCGGCCCCGGGUGUCGGGUGGGUUGGGCGGAGGCCACCCCGAGGUUCGUGGCGGCGCUGGCGCAGUGUGGAUCCAGUAUCUCCGGCGGUGCACCGUCGCAUCUGACCUCCACAUACAUUGAUCAGAUGUUUGAGGAUGGAAGCUUUCACACUCAUCUCAACGGCACCAUUCUGCCGGCCGCGUCGAAGAGGUACCGCAUUCUAGCGAAUGUAGUGCGGCAGAGGCUGGUUCCGCUGGGAGUGAGCUUUCAGCCGGAUGAAGCGCGCGGGAUGGCGGCGGGUGGAUUCUUUCUGUGGCUUCGACUGCCUGCUGGGGGGCUGGUCAUUGGGAAAGGGAGGUUGUUUGCUGUACCGGGACGGAAUGCGGGUGGCUCCCGGGAGCGAGUGGAUGGCUUUAUCAGGUUGUGCUUUAUGUGGGAGGACGAGGAUCGAUUGGUGGAGGGGGUUGGGAGGUUGGAGAUGGUUCUGCGGGGGUUGCUUGCUUCUAGGUGA